AGGAAGGAUCAGAUUAAAAAAACGCAGACAAUCCAUCACAGAUAUCUUCACACAGAUACUCCACGCAGAGGCUUUGAGUGUUUAAUUAAGUGUGAUGAUACCUGCUUCUGACAAGUCUUUCACCUCCUGUCCCCUGAAGGGAAAGUAAACGGGUAUUCCAAGUAGAGAAGAGGAUCUGUGCAGCAGAAGAAGACAACUCAGAGACAAAAGAAGACUGUUGCUGUUUCUCUGUGCCUUGGAUUCACACACAGAUAUUUUAUUUUGCCGAGCUUCACAGCAGCAGUCUCAUGGGUGAAAAAUGAAUGUGCAUCCGCUGCGAGACAGUGAGCGUGUGAGGAAUUCUGCUGUAAUGGAGGAUAUUUCCCAGCAGACCCAGUGACUCUCACCACCACCUUAUGCCUCCUGCUGAAUGUGGAAAGCCUAGGAUGGAAGACCCACCAAGUGCUGCACUGAGGCACUGGAACAACACUCUGAACGUCCACCUCUGCUGCAUUGCCUCCUGCUCACACACUUACAAGAACAGUUGCUUCAUCACCAUCACCAACCAGACAGGGACCACCGCCACCGGGUGACAAGAUUCCAGGAUGUUUGUGAAUUUCCGCCGGAUACGAAAAUGCCAGUGUGUGCAGCUGAUGACCACCUGCUUGGUGCUGUCAGUGGUGAUGGUUUGCUGGGAGCAGCUGGACAAUAGUGUUGUCAGCCAUGUCAAAUCCUACUCAUACCGCUACCUGGUCAACCGCUUCGCCUACAUCAACAAGAGCCUCACCAUCCCACGUGAGCAGGCCCGCAGCUUCAGCAACUUCCGUUACCUGCUGGACCACCCAGAUAAGUGUGCCGGCAAGGACGUCCUCCUGCUCCUCUUUGUCAAAACGUCCCCAGAGAACAUUGAGAGGCGUAAUGCCAUCAGAUCCACCUGGGGUAAUGAGACCUACAUCCAAAACACCCUGGGAGUAACAGUGAAGGUGGUGUUCGCCUUGGGAGCACCUCCGACCAAAAAGGACGAGCCCUCCUCGAGUAAGAGAGAGGUUGAUUUUCAGGAGCAGCUCAUCCAGGAAGAUCGUCUCCAUUGUGACUUAAUCCAACAAGACUUUUUAGACUCCUUCCACAACCUGACACUGAAGCUGAUCAUGCAGUUCCACUGGAUGCACAACCGCUGCCCCCACGCCCGAUUCCUCAUGACCGCUGAUGAUGACAUCUUUGUUCAUAUGCCCAACCUGGUGAGCUACCUGCAGGAUAUGAGCAGCAGGGGCGUCACAGACUUUUGGAUUGGUCGAGUGCACAGAGGGGCACCGCCAAUCCGCAGCAAAGACAGCAAGUACUUUGUGAGCUUUGAGAUGUACCAGUGGAUGUCUUACCCUGACUACACAGCUGGGGCGGGGUACGUGGUCUCCAGGGAUGUAGCGGACAAAAUCUACCAAGCCACGCUGACCCUGAACGCCUCUCUUUACAUAGAUGAUGUGUUCAUGGGGAUCUGUGCCAACGCCAUUGGUGUGUCACCACAAGAACACCUCUAUUUCUCAGGGGAGGGCAAGGCGCCGUACCACCUGUGUAUUUAUGACCAGAUGAUGACAUCACAUGGUCACGUGGAUGAUAUCUAUGAUCUGUGGAAGGCCGCGACACACCCACAGGUGAAACAGAGGACCUCUGGACUCAUAGGGAGGCUGUACUGUACAGCUGUGAAAAUGGCUCUUCUUUGUAAACCGUACUAUUUCAACACCUACCCCUGCAAGGCAGCCUUCUUGUAGUAUUAUUCAGGUUUGUGUGUGUCAGUGUGUGAAAGAAAGUGAGAGCAUGCGUCAUCGAUCAUAAUAAAGUGAGGAUCAUCGCUGCAAAUAUUACCUCAGUCCUUUCAGUUGGACACCCGUGUAUGUCAAAACACUGGAGUGUAUGUUGGGUGUUUCAAGAGACAAAGAGACCAGACGAUUGAUGUCUGAUACUGUUAUUGUGAGAUCACCAACGCAUCACUGACCUCUAGCCUAGGGUGUUUAGUAAUGUGACAACACUGGCUUUGCAAUGACAGCAGAAUGUGUUGUAAUAGGUCCUGAAAAGAUAUUGUCCCAGCCUCACUCACAAAUGGGAUUUUAAAUCAACUAACAAUAUUUCCUCCUUGUUUUGGAUUUCCACUGCUGUGAUACACAAAAGGGUUGCAAAUACAUUUUAACAUGAAUGCCAACUGAAUCACUUCAGGAAAUACUGAAUACUUAUCUUAUCAUAUCUAUUGGGUGGUUCUAAAAGGACAACACAAAGCCGAAGUGACACACUUUGACCUUAUGUGUGAGUCAAAAUAUAUAGUCAGUCAGUGAUGUGUCAGAUCUAAAAAUGUCUACGUCAUGAAGUGUAAAAUUCCACACAGUGAGGUAAACUGUAAGAUAGAUGUGUAAUUGAACAGGCUUUACAAACAGCUCCUGUGUUGAAAAUAAUAACAUGUAUUGAUGAUCAACAAAGUGUGGGUUCAAAAUAGAAAUUCAUUCAUUCAUAAAAUUCAUAUUUUUUAUGUAACUGAAAUUGUGAAACUUUUUUUUUAAUGAAAUAAAAUCUCCACUCUGUUCUCAGUGGUG